GGGACCAGUAGGUCCCCCACCUACGGGUCCCCAAGAAGGGAGGGAUUAUUGGGAAGACGAGGAUAGAAUCAGAAGCCUGUUAACAAUGUGCUAUGAUGAUGGAGUGUACCCUACGGAGAUCGAUCCUGGGGAGAUAGUGGUGGAAGGGAGGGAGGUGCGAUUCAGACUAAACACAUCGCUCGAUGAGAUUGAAGUGAAAUGGUUCAAGGAACGCACAGUAACUGUGAUAUUUAAGGAGGCCGCCAGAUUCCUCGCUAAGAAUAUCAAGGACGAUCUUGUUCACACCUUUGAGGAUGGAUGGGUAAUAGGGAACGAGAGUCUGCAGGAAAACACUCGAAGAGGGAGAUUGAAGAUCGAAGGACCCGGGGUGGCUUCCUACGUAGCGAAAGCAAGAGAGGUAGCGAACUUCAUGAAGACUGAAGGAAAGGUGGAGAUAACGUUGGGAGCAGAAGCGUACAAGAUUCUUUCCAAAUCAUGGAUGGCAAGAGAAGAGUUUAGAGAUCUAAGGAGACCGGAGGAGGACAGGGUGGUUUGGGUUGUGACGCUACAGGUUCCAUUAGAUGAUAUGACAUUUAUCUACGCUCAGAUUGAGAGGGCAAUUGGCAAGAUAAUCAUGGUGCACCCAACGGACGUGGAUCCCUCGAGAUCGGUGCUGGUCAACGCAAGAUUUGAUCUAGAGCCAGAAGCGAGGCCCAACGUGACGGAUGUGUUGUGGGUGGAAAUGGCGAAAGGAGAUGUCCUAGAGAUUAAGUUGGCAAAUUCAGACUCGCUGAAGUGCAGGAUCUGCUGGCAGUUCUUUCAUACGCAACAUGAUUGCUGACGUGGAGGGGGUGUACGAAUAGGCGGAGGCAUGGUAGGGCAUGCGAGACAAAAUCAAACACACCAGCAGGGUCCAACAACUUCCUGAGUUGGAGGGGGUCAAGCACCCAGGUAUCAAGGCCCGUUGGAAUCGAGACCGGCGAGAUCUGGUACCCCUAGAGGGGUCACUCACUUGGGACAGGUGCGCAGUAACCCGACGUUCUCCCCACAUGGCAUCGCUAGGGAAAGUCAUCAACAUGGUGGAGGUACGUAGGCAGGACUCUUCGGUGGAGGGCUACACCAAGCCACGUCAGUUGGAAUCCCGACAGAGCAACCCGGGGGACGUCAGGGACCCGGGGAAGGCCUAGGUCAACCGGGGAUGACACCAACACAAGGAGGACUGCAAGCGGUGUGGCAGGGUGGUGUCGUCGUUGAAUGGCUUCUAACAAAUGGGAUACACCCGG